CAAUGCCCAUCCAGUUUCUGCCUGACCUCCUGAAUCCCGAUUACCCCGCCAUACCUGUCAGCGGUGAGCGGUGAGCCUCAACCAUCUUUAUCCUCUCCCGCCGCCGCCGUGAUCAAACACUCCCAACUCCCAACUCCCGUGUGCAGGCUGCAGUGAUGCACCACCUGCCCGGCACGGACGAUUCUGAAAUCACUCCACCAGUUUUCUCUCAACGUUACACGCCUGCUUUACAUCCUAUCGGCCUGCCACCCGCGUCCCCUAUUCACCGCAACCUGCCAUGUCUUUCCUAGACGUGAGCCGGCUAGCCACCAAGCUAGGCCUCUUCAAUAUUCCCGACGACCCUGAUGAGCCCAUACAAGGCCACAAGGACUACGGAUACACGCAAGACGACUCCUACGGCAGCGGUUACUCUGGCGCCCCUCCUAAGGGAUAUACAGGCGGUCCGCAAGACGGAGAGGAAGAAUACCAACAAUCACACCCGGACUACUCCACCAGCGACCCCACCCGCACCGGUGCAGCACCCGACGCCUCAAAUGCCGCCGGGCCGGGAAGACGCUACGGCGACGAUGAGGACAGCCUGGUAGACGACGACGACGACGGCGGCGACGAAGAGGACGAGAGAAGAAAGCACCCGUCCGACGAGCCGCCAGUCCCCGAAGGCUGGCUCGCGCGCUUCGAUGACCGGCACGGCGAGUGGUACUUUGUCAACAAAGUGACCGGUCUGUCGCAGUGGCAACGCCCUAUCCGGUCGGCGUACGAUGCGUACCCGAAUGACGAAGGACAACGACCGGCUGCCACGGGAGAAGAGGACCAGGAAAGGGGUCAUGGUGGCUACCCGACCGGCGAGUCGCGGGGCUACUGGGAUCAUUCCUCCCAAGCUCAGCAGAGCCGACAGAAUACGGGCGGACAGGGCCACUACGGACACGGCGGUGGCCCGCACUAUGGAUAUGACCAGUAUCGGGGACACGAAAGCGCGUAUGGACAGGGCCAAUACAGGGCCUACGGAUAUGAUGAUACUGGGGAGGUGGAGAAGCAGAAGAAGAAGAGUGGAAAGUAUGGAAAGGUCCUGCUGGGCGCAGCGGGAGGUCUUGCCGUCGGUGCACUAGGCGGUGUGCUGCUUGCGAACGCCCUUGCAUCCGAUGAUGAGGACGAGGGAGACGCCGAGGCUUCCACACAGGACCGCAACUUCGAAGAGGGCUAUGCAGAGGAUCGCGGGUUCGCGUCGCAAUAUGCGGAGGUGGAAUCUGAGCCGGAGCCGGAGCCCGAACCCGAACCCGAACCCGAACCCGAGCUAGAAGAGGACGAGGAUGAGGAAGACGGAGGUGGCGACGUUGAGGAGGCAAGCUCAAGCUCAAGCAGUUCAUCCAGUAGCGAUGACUCUGAAGAGGAGGAGGAGGAGCCAGAAGCGGAACCAGAGGAGGAAAUUGCCGAUGAGGAAUCAGAAAGCAGCAGCGAUGAGGAGGAAGAGGAGGAGUCACAUAACGAGGAUUCCGACGAAAACGAUGAUGAGUAUGAUUAGAAGUCGGAAAAUAUGAAUGCGGCGAGAUAUUGAAGACUCUGAGAGAUUAUGAAAGACGAGGUACAAACAUGGGGAGACUAGGCCGCUACCGUCUUGAGUUUCGUGAUACCACCUGAGAACAUGUCCCAACAGGCCGCCAUGCAAUGCAAGGAGAUAGACAGGCCCGGCUCUGAGUCGCCCAUGAAUAGGAGCAGAAUAGCCUGGAAUGGUAUUUUCUUCGUCUUAUUAAAAAGAAGGUAGAUUUGAAGAGGAGGUGAACGAGAC